AUGGGUAUCACACUGCUCGAAAUCGAAUCCAAGAAAUUCAAGGAGUUCGGUCAAUGGAAUACUACGCCUCCUUACGCAGCGAUAGCUUUCCUGGGACAUCUCGAUCUGGACCUGGGCUCAAGAAAUGAUACCGGUCACUCCCAAUGGAUGUCUGAAAAGCCUCAACUCUGGCAAUUGGAUGUUGCAUGCGACUUAGUUCGGGACCGAGGGCUUCGGUAUCUCUGGCCAGAUUAUUGUUGUCCUGUCAUGGAGUCCAGCAGACUUGCUUCCAGUCGGCUCGAGCACUUGGAAGCCUGUUAUGAACGCGCUUGUUGGUGCUUGGUUUUCACGCCCAAGUCUUUGUACCAACAUUUCCAUUGGCACCUAGAUCCCGAUGGUCAAAUUUCCGGCUGGCCACAACCGGCCACUCAACGUACUGCGGGUGGAGCAACAAACAAACGUCAAAACUUUGUUACCGAUGAUCACAUCCGGUGUCAAUAUGACUACAAUAUCUUCACUGCUGCUUGACUACCGACUUCAGCCUUAUAAACAGGGCAAAUUCAGCAACAUACAUUCGUGGCUCGACUCGACUUGUGUCAACCCAAUG